UGUUCUCAGCUUCGGUACCUUAAUGUCAAGAGAAGCUGCGCAUGUAAAUGUCUCGUGUUUCUCACGGAGGUCGCAUGGGGAACCGAACCGAACCGAACCGAACCGACACGAACCGGUGGACUGAUGUGACGUCACUCAGAGAGAUUCUCCCCGGUUUCCGGGUCACGUGGUGGACGCACACAAUAAAACGCGGAGCUCUCGAGCUCGUAGUUAAAACGAUGCGCGCGCACUGAGCCGGUUCGGUAACGGGCGGCUCACGUGACUGACCGCGGCCGGUCCAGGCAGCUCGCGGUGCUGAGGGUCGGUGCCGGUGGUCGCGGAUGCACCGGGCGGAUAUAACGCGGUGACUCGGCGUCGUGUUGCGGACCGUGUUCCAGUGUCCGGUGGUCGGUGCGCUCAUGGCGCACAGGCCGGUGAUCCUGCUGGAGGACGGAGCGGUGGAACUUCUGGAUCUGUAAGAAAAACCCAGCAGCAGAGUCGAAGGUCAAAAUAAAGAAGCUUCUGUAAUUCAUGUUGCCGCUCGGUGUCAGCUGGGCAAGAUGAGUACAGACAGACCCAAACGCAACAUCAUCAAGAAGAAAUACGACAUCAGCGAUGGGAUGCCGUGGUAUGAAGAGCGUCUGGUCCGCAAAGUUCUCUUCCUCUCCCUCAGGGAAUUCAGGAACACACAUCGUGCCACGCACUCGCACUCACACUCACACAUACAUACACGCGCACGCAAACGGACGUCCAACAACGCACUCUUACACUGUGCGUCACGACAGACGUCGACGCUGCCCAACACACACGCUCAGAGGAACACGCGCAACCGACGCAACGUCCACGAGUCGCAGUCGGGAAAAGUCGCGCACGGACAGAAAAACACACAAAACGCACACAUUUCAAAACACAUACGCCGUCAGGAACAAACCGACAGAGGGAUAAGAACCAACUUGUCUCAGGCUCCGCCCACACCAAAAACUAAAUGUACCUACACGCUGCAGAACAUGCGGACGCAGUCGGAGACGUGUCCGGGGAAGAUCACAACACACGACGCUCGGCGGAGGCGGACGUCACCGACCAGGACGCUGCGUUCACAGACAACGCACGGAAGUCGGUCGCUGCACAACAACAAACAGACACAAAGUAAAAAACACUCAGAGAAAACCAGCUGCUGCGCUGCUGCUUCUGGAAACACACGGAUGAUGAUGAGUGACCUCGCCACGCCCAGAACCCUGAGGUCACGCGCUCCCAUGGGCCUCGGCGGCCCCCGGGUCAACGGCCUGAGCCGCUGUCAGCCGCUCCUGUCGGCGAGUCCCAGCAGGGGUUGGUCCGUAGAGACCCGCCCCCAGCGCCGACGUCUCGCCAACACUCACUGUGACAAGGACGACCCAGCAAACAAGAGACCAAGGCUGCAGGCACAGAGGAAGUUUGCCCAGUCUCCUCCCAGCUCUCCAGGACCAGCAGCCCUGAUGUCAUCAACGCGGCGCGGCCCCAGCGUGGCCGUGGUCACGUGUCUGACCCGGCGUCGACCCAAGACAGAGGAUUUCUUGUCUUUCCUCUGUUUGAGAGGUUCAGCAGCGUUGCCAAGCAACAUGGCCUUCUUGGCAAAUGGACGAGAGAAGAUGUCGUCUGAUACUCGUCAUUUCACUUCCUGUCUUUCCGCCAGUCACAGGACUGUUGCUGAUGGAAAGAAAACAAAUGUAUUCAGUCGGACAACAGAGCAGCGAGACUCCCGGUCUCUGAGAGGGAGGUGCUCCCUCGACCCUCCGACUCCCCGAGAGCAGUGCAGGAAGAAGAGGGAGGAGGAGCAGAGGAGGAGGAAGAGGGAGGAGGAGCAGAGGAGGAGGAGGGAGAGGAUGGAGAAGGAGAGGAGGGAGAGAGCUGAGCGACACCUCCUGAGACCUCGCCAGCUCCCCCUAAAGGUCAGGAGGACCAACAAGGUUGCCAUGGUGACUGCUCAACACAGAACCUCCAGUGUCAGGUCAGUUCCUCCCUCGAAGCCUCGUGCCGGGGUUGGCAGCAUACGAUCCCCCAGACCCUGCACGAGGUCAAACAAUACCUGUAAACUGAGGGGCCGAGCCCAGGAAACCAGCAACAAACACCUCUCCCGGCAAAGCAACCACCAGCUGCCUCGAAAACAGCAUCUUCCUCUUCACCACCGACCCGUCUCUAACCACUAUAGCAACCCCAAGACCUUCAGCAGUCUCCAGAACUCAGGAAACGUGUCCGGCAGGAUUCCUGCCCAUAUGCCAUCGACUAACGGCUCAGUCGUCACACCGCUGAAUGAGAAGCCCGGGAUCCUGAGGUUGUCCAGAAGGAGGAGAGGUCUCCCUCCAGACACCAGCCCUGCCCCACUCAGUCGCGUUUCUUUGGACAAAACUUCAUCCAAGAAGAGCAGAACACUGCAGUACAACCAUGGCGAUGUCUCACUGGAGAGCCACUGCCACACUGGUGAAAUGCUGCAGAAGGAGGCCAGUGCCGAUGAAGAUGUUCCAGAGGAGUGUGUGAGCCAUAUGGUUAAAACCAUCGGUAGCAACGAUGACAAACUUGAACAGGACGGAUGUGGCUAUGUUGGAGAGAUGAGUUUCGAGACAGGCAGUUGUAUUCGUGAAGACUUACAGGAUCAGGUAAAUGUUGGAAAGUUGAGUUUGGCGAGCGUCGCUGAUCUGGAGCCCUCUCAAGAGAAGAUCAGCUUAAUCGACGUCAUCUCAGACUAUGACCUCAGCCCCGUCAGCGAGGUCAUGUGCAGACACGUGAGAGAAAAAAGGCUCCGGAGAAAUCAACCCACUUCAUCCACGAUCCCCAAGACGAUUACCAGCACCGCUGCCACUUCUAGGACUUCUUUAACUAAAGCUGCUUACAACUCAAAGACGCCUGCAUACGUGUACACUGACCCACCAGGAACUUAUUCUGCCAAGCACACUGGUAAAGUAACUAGCAAAGGUACCAUCAAGGACUUGACCAAGUGUACUUCACCAGCCAGCAGUUACUCUAUCCAUAAUCCCCAAGGUGCUGCAGAAGACUCUUCCAAUGGAACCACAGAGGACUCGACGACGGACACUGUACUUGUCGGUAGCUCGAGCACUUUCAAGGGCGCGACAAAGGGCCUUAACCAGACCAAGUCUACUACCUCAGCGAUGAAGACCAGGACCAGCCCUCGAAUCCUUCUGAAGCACUAACACCUGAGCUUCAUCCGAAAACCUUCACAGAUUUCACUGUUCACUAACAUGAGAGUUCUUGUCAAAGACUAUGAGGAAAAUAUUUAAAAAACCAUCAUUGGAUACUGUUGGUUGUGGAUAAGAGUAGGUCAAUGGUUGUUGGCUGGUUGGAUUGUGAGUCGCUAUGACGAUGGCUUGUUCUCUGGAAUGGUUUUAUUUCUCUAUAAAUGAAAUAGAUGAUGGAGACAGAGCAUCGUGGCAGACGUGUUGUAUAGUAUUAGUGCACUGUAAAGUGAAAGCUCACUGCUGUAUCUGACUCAAUAGUUGAUAUGUUUGUAUUAUAUUCACAAGGAAACAGCACUGGCUUCACCAAAGCACAUACAAUAACUUGUCUGUCUGCUGAACAGUUUUCAGAAGCUUAAAUGGAGAAAUCUGUCACUUAUACGGCCUCAUAUGCCUUUGUCAGGAUACAGUACAGUUUAUACAGGAACCAUGUGUUCAAGAUUGUGUUAGAUGGUAACAAAGGUCUUGAGAGGUUCUCACCGUAAAUCCGGAGCAAAAUUAAAGGAGAGGUUCAGUUUUUUUCACAUCUGUCGAUUUCAGUUUCAAGGGGCAGUAAGCGAUUUUAAUCCAAUAUACUUUUUUGUAAAAAUCUGCAAAUAUUUCCUCACUAGCGACAUGUGCUACGACUCAGGGUUUUGGCCCCGUGGUUAGUCCAUCCAUCUCUCAUAGGCUGCGGGUUCGAGCCUCAACCAGUAAAAUCAUCCACAACAAGCGAACUGGAGACAGAACCUCAUUGUUCCCAUCAGAUCAGUUUCUUUUAACAGACAGUUUGAACUAGAACAAUUAUUACGGUUUCAACUUUCAUACGAGGUCAUGAAUGAUUGACUUGGAAAGAAUGUGGACCUGUCCUUUAAGGAGUCAGCGUCCAUCCUCUGGUUCCCCCUCCCUCGCCCUCAACUCUCUUCACCAGCCUACUGUACGUAUUAAUAUCAGGACCCUCCAGUCUACUGGUCUUUUUAAUGGACACAUGUUUUGAAGACGCUCACACGUUAGAUAUACAAGAACAACAGGUGUUUGUUUUUUUAUUUCUCUCCACUGAACUCUUUGAUGCCCACACUGUACUGUACGUACUAAUUUUGUAAAUCAAAUGAAUAGACUGUAUAUAUAACGAUGGAUUACGCUUCUCCACGUCUCAAGAUGUUUCACAAUGUCUUCAUUGAAUUAAAUUAACUGAUUGAAACCAGCUGUAUAAGAGACUCGAAGAUACAUCAGUGUGAGAAGAACUAGCUCAAAUGACAGAAACCAUCUUUGGAAAAAUUUGUCUCAUAACUUUUUUUUUAAUUGGUCCAUGUCCCAUCCACUAAUAUGGAGAAGGUGGAGUUUAUGACCUAAACUACAGCCAGCCACCAGGGGGCGAUCAGGAUGACAUGGCUUCACUUUUGAGGGAGCUGUCAUGUCGUCCAUCUUUAUUAGAGCCCGACCAAUAAGGAGUACAAGAUUCCCGAUACGAUACAUGGGCCGAUAUAUAUAUGUGUGUGUGUGUGUGUGUGUGUGUAUUUUAUGUUUAUUUAAAUCUGUCAAUGAUUCCUUAGAUGUUGUUAUCAAACCUUUAUGAGGAAAUGUAAGGGUUAGGUUCAAUGUUUAACCAUAAACUAUAUCAUAAAUAACUAAGAUAUAUAAAUUAAAAAAUAAACAUAUUUUACCUAAAAUAUAAACAUAAAUGCACAUUUAAAGGCUCAUAUCUGUUGGUCGGGCUCUGAUCUUUAUAUACUGUCUUCGAUCAGAAGAGGUGGAUGUGAACUGACGUCUUUUAUCUGAGGCUGUGGUUCGAUUCUUCUGUAGAUAUUAGAGGACAUAUGUUUUGUGAGGCGGCUCCACGACAGAUACUGUAUAAAUAAUGACUUCCGAUGUGACCCUCACUGUUGGCGUGGCCAUCGUACAAUAACUGAUUGUACAAAACUCUAGUUAUCGUAUUUUACCGGAGAGUCGCUGAGAGUGAGGACGACGUCAGGUGCUAUCAGGUGCUAUUUGCUUGUGUAUUGGUGUAUUUUGGGUAGAGGAGGAGUAGAACUGUUGGGCUGUAUGAGUCAGCACAUUAAUAAUUAAUAUUGCACAUUUCCUCACAGUUCAAAAAAACGACCUGCUUAGGAUUUUUUUUUAAAACAACUGAAUCUUUGCUUAAUUUCAAAUUAACACGUUUUGAAUUUGCAGCGAAUCAAUCAUAUUUAUAUUUAUAUGUAAUCCUUUAUAGACCCUUUACUGUACAAAACAUUUACUGUCAUUAUCUGUUAAAUAUCAGUAUAUGGUUUAUAGAGGAGUCAUUAAGUCAUUACAACUCCCUUCAAAAGAUAUUCAAGGUUCCACUCAUGUUACUGUACAGUAACAUGAGCUUUAAACACUGUGGACACUGCUUCUUCAUCACCAUGACACCGAUUUUACACCAAACACAGCAGCUGAGGUUCAUCUGCGACCAAGAACACGGCACCAACCACCAGAUAAGAGUCGCUCAUUGGUUCGCAGGUGUGUUGCCCCGUCUCCUGGAAUUCAAGGGUUAGAGUUAGGUCAUCUUAGAGAUUGGGUAACCUAACCUCUAGGGUAACCUCUAAGGUAACCUAACUCUAACACAGCCUCGACUGGAGCUCCAGCAGCUUCCUUAUCAGCUACAAACCACAAACAAAAAUCACUGUAGACCUUCUGGACAAUCUGACUUCCUGAAACAGGAUCCACACUGCAUGACUCUGUACUGUGCCUGUGUUAAGCGGAUUACUGAGCUCACGUAUCCAACAAGGGCAAUUUCAUAAAGGACCUCUACGGCUUGUAAGAGCAGAGGAAAAUGAAAAUCAUGAAUAUGCAAGUUAGUGCAGCUAAAAUGUGGGUAUAAACACAUCCAUUUACAGUAAGAGGUCAAGUACUUGUUAUUCAGAACCUCACACACACACAGCUGAGCUGUCUCGAAGAUACUUGAUAGCAAUAUAACUGUUCCUUCCAGACACUGACUUCAUGUGGUCAAACUAGUUUUCUUUUUCAAGAGAUGGCUCAUAACAUAACAAAUGAAUUCAUGCCUUGAUUCCUGACUUUAUUAUUUUUUUGUGUUUUGUAUCUCAUGCUAGUAAACACAACUUUAACGUGUUAUUAAAGAUGUCGCGCCGACUUUCAGGUCCAGAGUGAACAUAGACAAUAUGAUAACAAAUAUUUGUGCAGCCACAUCUGACGUAACUGUAAAAAGUCUGUAAAUGUGAAUGAUUUGAUUUGACAAUUUGUAAUAAAUCAUUUCUUUGUGCA